ACCGCACCGGGUCGUCGUCAACUUCUCACUUCCGUCCAUUCAUCAUUCAAUAAUGUAAGAUCGCCCUUUGACCUUCCUUCAGUGGCGAGGCCCACCCCUCCGCCGCGCCCUCGCUAUCCCAGUCGUCGUCGCCGCCGCCACCGUCGUCGCCGACGACCGUCGCGUCCCCGACCGGUUCCCACCAAAUGUCCACUUCGUCGGCUCGCCCCCCGCUUCUAGAAGCUGGCCGCUCCACGUGUGCAUGCGCUAGCCUGUAUAAGUAGGAGCGCAGCCGUUGGAUGACCGAGUCCGUGGGCUCGACAGCGAAUCCGACCAACGCCUCGCGCCGCCGCAGCAGCUAAUUUGGACUCCGCCAGCUUCGAAUCUUGACGGCGGAGGGUGGCGGAGCUCGGGCUGCUCUUUGACCGGAGGAGGGGAGAACUCCGGUAGCUGAACGCUUCUUUGGAAGCGCGAUAAUCGGUUCUCGCAGCUCCCGGAAUGCCUCGCAACGGAGGUCGGAGCUGCGAAAUGCGGCCUUCGAUCGUCAACCUCGCUUGCGUUUUCCUGGUUCUCUUCAGCUCCUCGUUCUCGCCCUCGCUCGGCGAUCCUCGGGUCUCGGAGGCGGGGAUUCUGUGCCUCCAAUCCAACGUCACGUCCACCGCGAACAUCGUCUCGAACUUCCUCGACGUCAUGCGGAAGAUUGCCGCGACAGUUAACGAAGAUCUCUGGGCUAAUGAUUCCGUCACCUCUCCGUUGCCGGAAAUCUACGCCCUGGCUCAGUGCCACGGCGACCUGAGCCAUGACGAUUGCCUCCUCUGUUUCGCGCAGAGCAGGACUAUACUCCCUCGAUGCACUGUCUUGAAUACUAAGGGGCGGUUGUAUCUCGACGGUUGCUUCAUAAGGUCUGAUUACUAUAAUUUCUUUAAUGAGACCAUCGAUCCGCAGCAUGACAUGGUCAAGUGCGCCAAUCAGUCCAGCGUCUCGGCCGAUCAGCAGGCGAGGCAGCAGUUCGCCGAUAAGGUCGACCGGGUGCUGACGAAUGUGUCGGCGGGUGCGCCGGAGAACAAGGGGUUCGCCGUUUUUGGAGAGGCGAGGAGGGGAGGAGUCGCUGGCGUUUAUGCGCUGGCGCAGUGCUGGAACACUCUCGAUGAGAAGGGGUGUAGAGAGUGCUUGGCGAAUGCGAUGAUCAGGGCGAGGAACUGCACUCCUGGGGAGGAAGGGAGGGCUAUGAAUGCCGGAUGUUUCAUGCGAUAUUCAACCCAGAGGUUUUAUACUGUCCCUACAGAUGGUGACUCGUUGAAGCUUGGGAUCAUCAUUGCUAUUUCUUUAUCCGUUGCUGCUGCAACUUCACUUCUUAUCGUCGGUGCUUAUGUUGGAUACAGAAAAUUAUCCAAGAAAAGAGAAGUCCAGAAGAAACUCUUUGGCGUUCCGGAAAUUGUAAGGAAGUCGAAUCUGAAUUUUAAUUACGAAUCGCUUGAAAGGGCUACCGACUUCUUUGAUGAGUCGAGGAAAUUAGGCCAAGGAGGAGCUGGAUCUGUAUACAAGGGGAUCCUCCCUGAUGGAAGAAUUGUUGCAGUAAAAAGACUGGUGUUCAACACUCGUCAGUGGGUGGAUGACUUCUUCAAUGAGGUAAAUUUGAUCACUGGAAUCCAACACAAGAACUUGGUCCGCCUUCUUGGUUGCAGCAUUGAAGGCCCGGAAAGCCUCCUAGUUUAUGAAUAUGUUCCCAACAGAAGCCUCGAUCAAAUCCUCUUUGUCAAGAAUGCGAUCCAUGUCCUGAGUUGGCAGGAGCGGCUUAAUAUCAUCUCCGGAACAGCUGAGGGGCUGGCAUUUCUCCAUGGACCUUGUGGAGUGAAAAUAAUACACAGAGACAUCAAAAGCAGCAAUGUCCUUCUUGACGAAGAUCUCACAGCAAAGAUUGCUGACUUUGGACUUGCUCGAUGUCUUGAUCCAGAAAAUUCUCAUCUCAGCACCGGUAUUGCAGGGACACUGGGUUAUAUGGCUCCAGAGUAUCUUGUUAAGGGACAACUAACAGAGAAAGCAGAUGUUUACGCUUUCGGCGUGCUGGUCCUAGAAAUCCUAAGUGGUAGGAAGAACAGUAUCUUUGGGCAGGCCUCAGGUUCAGUUCUGCAAUCAGUUUGGAAGCAAUAUAAAUCAAAUAGACUUUCUGAAUGCAUUGAUCCUGCGUUGAAAGGCAAGUUUCCCAUCUCAGAGGCAUUGAAUGUGAUUCAAAUCGCGCUUCUUUGUACCCAAGCUUCCCCAGAUUUACGACCAUCCAUGUCUGAAGUAGUUGAGAUGCUCAACGACCAGGAGUGCAUAGUUCCCAUGCCAACGCAACCCCCAUUUCUCAACAAUAAUGCAAUUCCAGAUGACUCCAGUGGAAGCUCGAACACGAAUACUGGGAUCACAAACCAACUGACAAAUUCUGAAAUUUCCUCCGCUUCCACCAUAAGCCUCCGGUGAGAUGGCCUUUUUGGCGGAAUCAACUGAGCCAGGGGAGGCGACGUAAUUUUCGGACAUUUGAACAGGACCACUAUUUAUUCUUCAGCCGCAUGUUGUGAGAUGGGCAUAUGGUCCUGUGAGAAGGAUUGCAAGGAGUCCAAUGGUCAGUAAUGCUCGAGCGUUUCUCGAACCCCGAUUGGGAAAUCGGGAUGAGAAGAUCUGCGCAGCGAGACAGGGUAAAGAUGCGGCUGCUGUGCAAGAGAUUGCAGAAGCUCCAUGGUGCAUCGGUCAUGUCUUAUGCUGGCCGUUUCCCACUUAAUGGAGUCGGAGGAACUCAUGUACAUAUUCUUAUUUUAUUUAUUUCUUUUAUUCUCCAUUUUCUCUUAUUCUUGCCAAUUCCACUCAAUUUACACAGGAAGUACGGUGACUCAUGGAAACAGAAUCACAAUUGUGUAGGAGUUUGUGCUAGCUUCUUUCAUGUCCUGUAAUCUCAUAAACGAAAAGCAAAACCCUGAGAUUCUGCCUCUUUCGUCGGAAAUCUUCUAAUUAGCACUUCCACUUCAGUUUUUCUCA